AUGGGGGCCAUGUUCAGGAGUGAAGAGAUGGCGCUCUGCCAGCUCUUCAUUCAACCAGAGGCGGCGUACACCUCCGUCUCCGAGCUGGGAGAAGCAGGCUCUGUGCAGUUCAGAGAUCUUAAUCCAGACGUGAACGCUUUCCAACGCAAGUUUGUUAAUGAGGUCCGUCGUUGCGAUGAGAUGGAAAGAAAAUUGAGGUACAUAGAGGCUGAGGUACAUAAGGACAAGGUCAAUGUACCCGCUGUUAAAGAUAUGCCGAGAGCGCCUAACCCACGAGAGAUUAUCGAUCUAGAGGCGCAUCUCGAGAAAACAGAGAAUGAAAUUCUGGAGUUGUCGCAUAACGCGGUGAACCUCAAACAGAACUAUCUAGAGCUGACAGAAUUAAAACACGUGCUGGAAAAAACAGAAGCAUUCUUCGCCGCUCAAGAAGAAAUCGGAAUGGAUUCGCUCACCAAGUCACUCAUCUCUGACGAGGCCGGUCAGCAGGCGGCAACGCGCGGCCGUCUCGGUUUCGUAGCUGGCGUGGUUCAACGAGAACGUGUUCCCGCCUUCGAACGUAUGUUGUGGCGAAUCUCGAGAGGAAACGUGUUCCUGAGACGAGCUGAACUUGACAAGCCCUUGGAGGACCCUAAUACUGGCAACGAGAUCUAUAAAACGGUUUUCGUGGCGUUCUUCCAAGGAGAGCAGCUCAAGUCCCGUAUCAAAAAAGUGUGCACCGGUUUUCAUGCCUCCCUAUACCCUUGCCCGCCCUCUAACACUGAACGACUUGAUAUGGUCAAAGGAGUCAGAACUCGACUUGAAGACCUUAAUAUGGUGCUAAACCAAACCCAAGAUCAUAGGCAACGUGUGUUGGUCAGCGUUGCAAAGGAAUUAGGCAGUUGGUCGAUAAUGGUCCGCAAGAUGAAAGCCAUUUACCACACCCUCAACUUGUUCAACAUGGAUGUCACCAACAAAUGUCUUAUUGGCGAAUGCUGGGUCCCAACAGCUGAUCUACCAAACGUGCAAAAAGCCCUAGUUGACGGUUCCAAUGCUUGCGGCAGUUCUAUCCCAUCGUUCCUGAACUGCAUCGAGACUGAUGAAGUCCCUCCAACCUUCAACCGCACCAACAAAUUCACUCGCGGCUUCCAAACUCUUAUUGACGCCUAUGGAGUCGCUUCCUACAGGGAAUGCAAUCCAGCGCUGUACACCAUCAUUACUUUCCCGUUCUUAUUCGCGGUGAUGUUCGGAGAUUUGGGUCACGGCCUCAUCAUGGCUCUAUUCGGUCUCUGGAUGGUUGUCAAAGAAGUCUCACUCGCCGCAAAAAAAUCCAACAACGAAAUCUGGAACAUUUUCUUCGCCGGUCGCUACAUCAUACUCCUCAUGGGCUGUUUCUCUAUGUACACUGGACUGGUCUACAACGACAUAUUCUCGAAAUCCAUGAAUAUCUUUGGAUCCGGCUGGUUCAAUCCUUAUGAUAAUGAAACGCUUGAAAGAAAUGAAGCUUUCACUUUGGACCCUAAAGCUUCUUAUGGGGACAAACCAUAUUUCUUCGGUAUUGAUCCUAUCUGGCAGACUGCUGAGAAUAAGAUUAUCUUCCUCAAUUCUUACAAAAUGAAACUGUCCAUCAUAUUCGGCGUUAUUCACAUGAUCUUCGGUGUUUGCAUGAGCGUCGUCAACUACAACUUCUUCAAGCGUCGUUACUCAAUCUUCUUGGAGUUUCUUCCACAAAUCAUUUUCCUGUUCCUUCUCUUCGCGUAUAUGGUGUUCAUGAUGUUCUACAAGUGGGUGGCUUACAGCACGUUAGCUACAGAUGAGGCGUAUACCCAGGGUUGUGCGCCGUCAGUGUUGAUUCUGUUCAUCAACAUGAUGUUGUUCUCGAGUACGGAACCCGAGGGCGGCUGCAAGGAGUACAUGUUCGAGGGCCAGGGAACCCUACAACGCGCGUUCGUUCUGGUCGCGCUUUGUUGCAUACCGGUCAUGUUAUUGGGAAAACCGUUGUACUUGUUGUGCGCCGCCAAGAAGAAGCAUGACAAGCCGCAAUCAAACGGUAGUGUGAACCAGGGCAUAGAAAUGCAAGAACAGACUGAUUUAGAACAACAGCCAGCCCCGAAGCCCGCGUCCGGCGGACACGACCAUGAUGAUGAACCGUUCAGUGAGAUCAUGAUCCAUCAAGGAAUACACACCAUCGAAUACGUGCUCAGUACAAUCUCCCACACAGCUUCGUACCUACGACUAUGGGCGCUGUCACUCGCUCACGCUGAGUUAUCCGAGGUGCUAUGGAACAUGGUGCUUCAGUUCGGUCUCAAGGACCACAACUGGGUGGGUGGCAUCAAACUGUACGUGGCAUUCAUGUUCUGGUCUCUCUUCACACUGGCCAUUCUCGUCAUGAUGGAGGGACUUUCAGCUUUCUUGCACACGCUGCGUUUGCAUUGGGUGGAAUUCAUGAGCAAAUUCUACGCUGGUUUGGGAUACAUCUUCCAACCGUUCUGCUUCAAGACGAUCCUCGAACAAGAGGAUGAAGAUUAA